GAUCGUUGAUAUUAUCCUUUCUUUGCUUGUCAAGCACGCGGAUUUCGCUCCCUCAGUCCGAUCAAUUGCGCAUUUUGCUUUCCCGAGGGCGCUUCCGUGACCUCUCAUCGGGCGCAGGUAGCCCUGUCCAUUCCAUAUCCUUCACUCCUCCUCCAUCGCCAUGAGCAUGUUUUCUUUCGACUCCAACGCCAACAGCGGCGCAUCUAAAGGCGGCCUAUUUGGAUCUGCCGGAGGCGCAAAUGCUGGCACCCCCAGCGGUGGUGGGCUCUUUGGCAAUGUAGGAGCUACCACGACAAGCGGCUCAUCUACACCUCUGUUUGGAAACGCUGGAGCUACCGCUGCCAACAGCAACACUUCACCCUUCAGUUUCGGCGCUGCAAGCAAGCCGGCAGCCACGGGCCAGUCGACGCCUUUGUUCGGCUCCGGUGCUUCUUUGACACCAAACAAAACGACCGAAACCCCCAGCUCGGGACAGCCUGCUACGAGCGGUCUUUUCGGGAACAAUGCCCCUAAGCCCCUCUUCGGAAACAAUACAGCUACUCCAGCGCAGCAGGGAGGAGGUCUCUUUGGGAAUGCUUCGUCCACCACGCCUGCUGGGCCACCGCCUGCCACCACAGGCCAGACGCCUUCUCUCUUCGGAGGAGCUCAGCCAGCACAAAAGCCCGCCAACUCUCUCUUCGGAAACUUGAACCCAACUCCCGCCGCCUCCACGACCCCGGCUGCCACGUCCGCCGCCAACUCGGCGACGACAGCGGCGACGACUACCCCUUCGUUGUUCGGCAAUGCUAACGCUACACAGCCGCAAUCGACCGGCGGCGGCCUUUUCGGGUCAAAUCCGGCACAAAAGCCAUUGUUUGGUGCUGCCCCGUCGGCACCCACGGGUGGUGGCCUCUUUGCAAACGCGAACAAAGACAAGCCGGCGGAGUCCACAACAACGACCCCUGCGGCUACCACCGGUGACAAUGCCCCGAAGUCUCUCUUUGGCAAUGCUGCUCCGGCUGGAGGCGCCGCCCCUGCUUUCAAGCCACUGACCGGCGCUGAUGCGACAAAGCCCACUUUUCCCUCGCUGGGCACCCCAACUACCAGCACCCCAUCUUCAACCACACCCGCUGCUUCCUCUUCCACUCCUCAAAAAUCACUGUUUCCCACACUCGGCGGAGCUACCUCAUCGGCCACCCCCUCCACCACCCCAGCUGCUCCCAGCGGCGGAUUGUUCAACCUUGGCGGAACUACCGCGACAAGCACGACGACAACGACACCAAGCACUACUGCUACUGCUGCACCAACAACCACUCCAGCCGCUGCCCCUGCUGCCGGUGGGUUGUUCAGCAAGCCUGCUGCGACCCAACCCUCUACCCAACCCGCUACCACAUCUGCGACUGCCGCAAGCGACAAACCCGCGACGUCGACCACCAUGCCUGCAACAAGCGCCAGCGGGCUUGGUGCUUCCACGGCCGGUCCCACCCCUCCCGCCCAGUCCCGCCUCAAGAAUAAGACUAUGGACGAGAUCAUCACUCGCUGGGCUACCGACCUUACCAAGUACCAGAAGGACUUCCGUGAGCAAGCCGAGAAGGUCGCCGAAUGGGACCGCAUGCUCGUCGAGAACGGCACAAAGGUUCAGAAGCUCUAUGGUAGCACCGUGGACGCAGAACGAGCCACCCAGGAAGUGGAGCGUCAGUUGGCCUCCGUCGAGGGACAGCAGGAAGAACUUAGCUCGUGGCUCGACCGGUACGAGCGUGAAGUUGACGAGAUGAUGUCCAAGCAGCUCAACCCCGGUGAAACCCUCCAGGGCCCGGAUCAGGAACGUGAGCGAACUUACAAAACUGCCGAGAGGCUUUCCGAGCGCCUUGAUGAAAUGGGCAAGGAUCUCACUAGUAUGAUUGAAGAAGUCAACAGCGCCUCUGCCACUCUGAGUAAGACGAGCAAGGCUGAUGAGCCGAUCUCUCAAAUCGUGCGCAUCCUCAACUCCCAUCUUGCGCAGCUCCAAACCAUCGACCAGGGCACCACAGAGCUCCAGGACAAGGUCACCAAGGCGCAGCGGGCAAGCCAGACGCUAUCCUCUCGGUUCGGGUAUGGAGGAUUGGGUAACUCAACGAUGGGCGGUAGCGCGGCAGAUGAUUUCUAUCGGUCUUUCAUGGGACGGCGGUAAAUGUCCUGCGGUGGAGUUCUUAUUUCCUACUGUUGGGGGGCAUUCUUUACUUUCACUCUCGUUAUUCACUCUGCUGUUGCGUUGUUUGUAUCCAUUGAGAACUGCUUUGUCGGAGUACACAUUUUGCACCCGCGAUUGUGAUUGUGUCGGAUUUGCCAUGGACUUCGGAUGGACGGAUAAUGAAGAAUAAUAAAGUAUCAUUAUACUUGC